UGUUUUAAUAUGAUACAAAAAUUUUGACAUUAAUUUUGAUUUUAAAUUUAGAAGAUGUUAAAUCCUUUUUUGACGAGGAUUAACGAUGAAACAGGGUUUGAAGAACUAAAGUAAGAUUUAAAAUGAAAGUUUUUAGAGAAAGUUUCUGAAGGAUUGUCCUUUUUUAAUAAGGAGAUUGUAUAUUAUGGAAUGAUAUAUAUUGUGAAAUGAAAUUUUAUGAGAAAUUAUUUUUAUGAAAUUUUUAUUAUUUAUUUUUAAGAAUUUAAAAAUAAUAUUUUACUAAUUUUCAAUGAAUUAUUUAUUUCACAAUAUAUAGAAAAUUGAUGAUGUAUAGUCAUUGUAACAAUUAUAAUUAUUGUUGUACAUUCAAAAUUGCGAUUAUAUAUAAUUUGAAUAAUUUUAAGAUUCUAUUUUUUGUGUCAAUAAUAAAAAAAAACUGUACAUUAUUUCUUGAAAUAUACAGAAUAGAUAAAAACUAAAGACAAUCUCAACAUAAAAAUGACAUAUAAGCUGUACAUAUAUGACUCUAAUAAAUCAGUCAUUAUAAAAAAUAAAUAUUUAUUAUUUUCAAUAAUUAUCAUUACUUUUCAUUAAUAUGAAAAGAAUUUUGUAAUAUGAAAAAAAUGUAACAUCCUGUACAAAAAUUGUAAAAGAAUCGAAGUAAGAACUCGAUUAAAACGAUAGCUGCAUAUCGCUUUUGUUUUGCCUUGUCUGACAUUUUUAGUUUUAUUAAAUUUUUAUCUAAAGGCAACGUUUUAAUUAGAACAAAGUGUAAUGUAAUAACGAGGAAAACUUAAUUAGUUAUUCAACAUCAUAACGACGUAAAGAAAGAAGAAGAAAACAAAAAAUACGCAAAGUAGCAUCGACUGCCAAACAUCAAAGAAUAUCAUCAAUUUAUAUUUUCCUCCAUUUCUUUUCCUCCUUUUAAUGUUCUUCCAUUUUAAAUGAAUGUGAAUAAACGAGCAAAAAUACCAAUUAUAAAAUGCGAUCAAUACCAGGAGUCGCAAAUAGAUCAAGAAAAAUUACAAAAAGAAGAGAAUUAUUAUGGCUAUGCGUUGGACACGCUUCCGCCGGAAGUUUUAGAGAUGAUUCUUCGAUUACUUCCUCUUCAUGAUGUAGCCACUACCAUACGUUUGGUUUCUAGACAUUGCUCAACGGUAGCGGCUGCAGUUUUGAAUGGAGCUUUUCUCACCGCCUGCACGAAAGUAGAAGGAUUGAUAAGACGUAACGAAGAGCUAAUGAAAAAUGCAAAAACAGAUACCGAAUUAUUGGCUUAUAGCAAAGCUCUGAAUGCUCUAGAAUUGAUCAAAGCACAAUAUAAAAUGUUACGAGCCGUAACGUGGAGAUAUACACAUCCACCAUCGAAGCAACAAAAGUUCUCGCGACUUUGUUUCUACGCGGGCAGUUUACUUGACAACUUGAACGAACUUCUUAACCGAAUUGCAAACUAUCAUCCAUCUAUUAUCGGUCCUCGUACUUCGGAAUCGAGUGUCACUUCUUUUAUAGCCAUCUGUAAACGAUUUAUGAAUUUUUUCGAAAAAGUCUCUGAGCGCAGGGUAAACAGGUGAAUUAUUUUAUAAAAGGAUAUUAGCCUUGGUACUACGAUUCAAAUUUUUAACCUUUUUUUCCCUUCGGCCAUAUGAUAAAAAAUAUCGAAUAAUUUCAAACGAAUCUUAAUAUCUCAACUAAUCCAUAAAAAUUUAAUUUUUUCCAAUUAUUUUUAGUAUACAGAAAAUAAUUUCUAAAUUUUGCUUACAUUUAUGGAUUAAAAUGUUACGCGACGAAAUAAUAUUAGUAGAUCGGCCCUAAUCUCUGGAUGCAAGGUCGUAGAUGUUUUGGAUUGUCUCGUAGAAGGUCGACAAGUACUAUUUUUCAAAGUAUCAUCUAACAGAAGAGGUUUCGGUGGAGCUGUAAGCAUGAAACUGAAAUACACAAUGAAACGUGCUUGGUUUACCUGUUUAGAAGUUACAAAAAAUACCGAAGAAAACUCUUGGAGGGACGAACAACGUUUCAUGUAUCUUCGAUUACGACGUCUAGUGGGUAGUGUGAACGAGCAUCUCUUCGAGAAUUUACAUUACGAACACGAACUACUCUUACAGGUUACAUUUGCAAAGGCGAGAGAAACAAAGCAC